AUGUCUCGGAUGACAGCUUCUUCCGCAAGUUCUUCGACCACCUCAGGUAGAUGUCGUGGGUCAGAGGAGCUCUUACAGGCAAUGACUGUAUCAGAUCUUCCCAUUGAGACUAUCACGUACAGCAAGCAGUGUACAAUUAUCACCGACGAGGAACACAUCACCUUUUCUAACCCUCAUCCUCGUGCACCCCCGCCUAUACUAUCAAAUGCUUCGCACCAAUCCAGCAUCCUGUCGCCACCUUCCACACCAGGAUCUGAUCUUCGGAUCAGAUCCUUCGAUCAGAUCCUGGUGGCCCUCUUACAGAUGCCCUCACAGAUGUCAUGGAGCACGUUGCUCCUUACGUCCCACCCAUCCCUCACCCUAGCGAGCUUGGGUCAGGAGGUAGGAAUUUUCUUUCACUGGCUUGAUGUUGGUGAACGUACUCUGGGCAUCAGUGGAGCCAUUCAGGUCAAGCAAGAGACUUGGGCAGAUGCUUUGCACCUGUAUAUGAGGGAAUACGAGGAAGGCGCGGUGGUUGUUCUGGCCACUCCAUUCCCUCAUACCAUUAUCUCUGCAUUGCCUGCCUUGUCUGCAACUUCCAGCGAGGAUAGUAUCUGGACGCAUAUUGAGGACCUGUUGGAACAGAUGAGCCAGGUCACGUGGUACUAG